AUGAGUGAAGUUUUUACAAACAACUUGUAUGUAUCAGAUUUCGAUAAUAUUCCUAUUCACAUUCAGUGGAAUUGCAGUUCUGAGAUGAAUGUCUGUAGGUUACGCUUAACAGUACCACCUGAUGAAAGCUCACAGCCUGAACAAGGAGCAAAGGAACCUGAAAGAAAGAAAAAUCUCUACCAUGUACCAAAUGGCAUGUCUCCAGGGAAGCUGUCUCAUGGGAUGGUGUAUGGCGUUGUACACCGAACUGACAACAACCACAAGAGAGAAAUGGUGGUUUAUGGCUGGUCAGCUGAUCAGCUGAAAGAGGAGAUGAAUUACAUUAAAGAAGUGAGAGCAACUCUAGAAAAAGUAAGAAAGAAAAUGUAUGGUGAAUAUGAUGAAAUGAAACGAAAAAUACAGCAACUUACGAAUGAACUGAAAGUGACAAAUGCUCAUCAGGAAUCCUUAGAGAAUCAUGUCCGAGUGCAGGCUGCAGCCUUAGAUAGCUUUAGUGAAAUGAACAGCUCCCUGACAUCAGCUUCAAUAGACUUGCAGAAAACUCUAGUGGAUGUUACAUUGGAGAACACUGACAUAAGGGAACAAAUAAGGAGUUUAAAACACACACAUGAACAAUCUAUGGAAAAGUUGAGAGAGAAGCAAAAGCAACUGGAAACAGCACAAAUCGAAAAUCAGUUACUGAAAUUAAAGGUGGAAUCGUCACAGGAAGCCAAUGCUGAAGUCAUGAGAGAGAUGACAAGAAAACUGUAUAGUCAGUAUGAGGAAAAAAUGCGAGAAGAGGAGCAGAAACACAAAGCUGAGAAAGAAAUCCUCCUAGAAGAAACGAAUCGGCUUCUGAAGGCUAUUGAAGAGGCAAAUAAGAAGAUGCAGAUUACAGAAACAAGCAUACAGGAAAAAGACCAGAGAAUUGGUGAACUGGACCGGCUGAUUGAACGCAUGGAAGAG